AUGGCGCGCGCGAAGAUGACGUCGAGGCGCGCGCCCGGCGGUAAGGUCCGCCGUCCGCAGUUCACCGUCGGGUCGCCUCGCGCGCCCGCGCGCGAUCGCGUCGGCGCGAGCGACGCCGCGCGGCGCAACCGCACGCUCGCGCGCGUCUUCGCGCUCGGCGAGGAUUGGACGGUGGCGGACGCGCGCGCGCGCGAGCGAGCGUUCCUCGCCGAGUGCGACGACGGCGCGUGGACCGGGCUGACGACGUACGACGCGCUGGAGGAACACGGGCUGUUCACGGCGGUGGUGGAGGCGGGAUGGCACGAAUUGUGUCGAGCGCUCGGCGUCGACGAGGACGAACGCGCGGCGUACGGACCGUGGCGGUACGUUCCGGGACGGAUUUCGCACGAAGCGGUGCCGUGGGAUGAUUUCGACGAAAUGUAUUGGAAGCACAAGGCGAAGGGACUCGUGGACGACGAUUUGAUCGAGACUUUAGAAGACGAAGGCGACGAAGACGAAUACGUCACGACGCACGCCAAGCUUUCUCGCGACGACGUGGCGUCGCUUCUGGAGGAGUACGGUAAGCGUUACCUGUUCCUCAUCGUCCGCGAAUUUGAAGGCGCCGACCACGUGGCGGCGAAGAGCCUAGCGUUGGACGCCAAUAUGGAGUACGUGCGGCACCAGCACGAGCAGAAGAGCGCGCACCCGGGCGUGCCCAUGGCGAGGCUUUUAGAUCCGAAAGAGCUCUCUUUCGACGAAAUCAAGGCUAUGUAUAAGGCGGCGGGGCUGCGCGUAGGAAAGAACGCCAAGCGCGAGUCGCUUCUCAGAGAACUCGUCAUUGAGGACAGAGCGCUCGAGCUCGACGCGUACGGAAAGGCGUUCGCAAAAGUUGUGAAGCGGCUCGACGUGGAGACCAAAAAGUUGCAGGACAAAAUAGAAAAAGCCGUGAACAAAGCCGUCAAGUCCGUGAUCAUCGACAAGUGGGACACCGAUCGCAAAAAUGAUUUCCUCGCCACUCACGACCAUUGGAGCGACGAGCGAAAGAAGGCUUGGCACGAUGGCGUUGCCAGUCGAUUGAAGAAGACGCAGAACGCGAAAAAGGUGCAGCCGAAGACGACGAAAGCGCAGCCGAAGACGACGAAAGCGCAGCCGAAGACGACGAAAGCGCAGCCGAAGACGACGAAAGCGCAGGCUAAUAAACCGGCGAAACCCAAACGAAAACGAAACGAUCCGUUGGUCACGUCGGACUUCGCCGUCGGGAUGGAAUUGUACGUCCGAGGCGCGAAAGGCGAGACGUGGCACGCCGAGGUGACGAAAGUGCGACCGUCGAACGCGAAGUGCCCGAUCGAGGUAGCUUGGCUCGUCAAGCAAAGCGAUGAUGCAUACGUGUACUGGGACUGCGCGCACAGAGACGUGAUCGAUUUGCGCACCGUCCUCGAGACGCACGCGCCCGGGCACUUUCCAGCCGGGAAACGCGCGCGGUGCGUCGCGUGCGAGGCGGCGAAAACCACGUGCGCCAAGCGCGCGAAGACGUGA